AUGACAAAUCAACUCAGGAUAGGACAGACGAAGGCAGAGGUGCUCAAAAGGUGCAAAUUGAAAGACAGUUUGAAUCGCAAGCUACAGCGUCGACCAGGACCGUUGGAACUGGUUACAAAAAAAAUUUUACAAGCGGAUGCCGAGUUGGAAUUAGCUAUACAGGGUCUUCUUAUUGGCCUCUGUUUCAUUAGCCUUGUUUUCAUUUUUAAUUGUAACAAAGCUGUAAAAGGCCGAGUGCUGUUUACAAAGACUACAGAAUUUGGUGUCGAAGGAGAACGAGACGAUUUACCACAUCAGACACCAGGAAUGGAAGUAAUUGCUACUCCGACAUGCUCGCAUCAGCCAAAAGUUGUCAAUAUCUGCAACAGUAAGUCUAGAUUUCGUAAGAAAGCUCAUCAGAACCGGACCCCGUAUGAACAGUCGUCGUCAGCGUCGUCUCCAAAUCAAACCCGCUCGAAAAUCAAAUUACAAGACAAUAAAGAGGCUACUGCAGAUAACAGCUACAAGGUAUCUUCACUGAAAACUGUUGACACUACUGUAUUACAGCCACGUUCACCAAACGAAACUGCUGAACAGUUUGACGCUGUGUGUGAAUCUCACAGUAGUUAUGACCUGUUAUUACAUCAACAGCACCUGUUUCUUCAGUGGCAAAGAGAAGUUGAAAAUUCGGAUGCCACUAGUUCCUCACAACAGGAUGAUUCGUCGAGGCAAAAUUCUAACGAGCUACCCUGUGUUGUCGUGCCUCCCCAAACUUCCCUUCAACCAGAAGUAAAUUAUCAGUUGACUGGUGAAUAUCAAGAAUCCAGUAGCUAUCAGAAUACCAUUUCUCCAACGGUAGCGGCAGAAGUUGCACACUCUACCGUUUCGACUUCACUUGUAGAUGGUGAAAGGCCGAAAACGAAGCUGUCAGACUACCGUGUUCAAGAUCUUAAGAAUGAGUGCAAGAAACGACAGCUCCCGGUUUCUGGUCCAAAACCGCAUUUAAUUGAACGGCUGAAGCCGUAUGAAGACGAUAUUUUAAAUAACUCUAAUGCACUAAACAUUCAAGAACUGACUGUUGAUUCGGUCAUUGCACCUUCACCUGCUUCUGAUACAUCGACAGGUUCUAAUCGACUACCUCCAAUCAGUAAUGUUAUAAAUGAUUACAUUCAGCAGAAUGUUUCACAGCAUCCAAUUACAGUUGCUCAACAACAACCUGUUUUAGUACAGAUCCCAACGGCUUCUCAGCAGCAAGUCUUACACUUAGUAGAUUCGAAUGGAGCAAUAAUUGCAAACACCGCAGUGCCUUCAAAUAUGCAAUGUUAUUGUAUUUCUUCUGAUUACGGGACGUCUACAGACUCGACGGUUGGUGGAACAAGAAUAAUGGCUGCUGAUCAAUUGCGAUCGGAAGGGUCUCAGUCUACUACAGUGCAGUAUGUCAGUAGUCAGCCACAACCAGUUGUCUCAGCUGCGGAGCCCACAUUUAGCUUUGCUCAGCUGGGAUCUGGAGGACAAUUUACUCUUGUUCAAGCAUCGUCGUCAACAGAUUUUCAACCGCGGUCUACAACUGCAGAAGUGUCGCAGAGUUCUACACAGUGUGUCCAGACAGGAUCACAACAGAUAGUUCAUGUUUGCAGUCAGUUACAACCUGCAUCUGGUGCAGCGCAGCAAACACAGCAAGGUCAGCCGUUGCAGAGUGUUUCAACAACGACUAUACCGAUUGUCUCCACUAAUGGCUGUCAUUUUGGCCGGUCGGUAUUAGCAAAAGCUGUAGGGCAACAGUCACAAACAGUGACUAUUACGCCUGGUCAAACGGUACAGCAGCAACUGCACCAGCAACAUCAGACGCAGCAAAUUGUAGCGCAACCUCAAAUUGCUACAACAGUAGCUUUCAGUCAGAAAUCUCACGUGCCUUACGUACAAUACGUCUUAAAAACCAAUGGAACUCAGCAUGUCGUUCACCAGGAAGUUACACCAGUUUCUCAACGUGCAUUAUGCCCUCCUAUGCAAGCAGCAUUACCAUCUGCUGAAUGCUCACCCAUAGUUGCUGAUUCUGCCUCUGAGAGUUCAAGCGUCCCAUCGCCACAAGAAGCUUAUAAUAAAGCAACCUCCCAGCAAGAUCUUCAUCAAAUAGCCGUUGACCCGAAUGAUACGAGUGCCUUACUUUCGGCGACGACAUUGUCGAUACAUGAAGAAAUGCUACGUUACCAGCAGAGAAAAAUUGAUGAACUUCAGAAAGAACUUCAUUGUUCUCAACAGCAGUUAAGGCAUCAACAACGGGUCAUAUUGGCUGCAAAAAAAGCACAGCAGAAAAAGAGGCAGGAAGCUUACCAGCAUGAGGGAAAUGACGAUCAAAAAUCGCAAGCCGAAGUUUGGCUUCGACAGUUGGAUAUCAGCAAGCUGCACAAGUUCCACAUCCAGCGUUUUGUACAACACAAACAACAGCUGCAG